AUGGCAUCGGCUAUCCCAACAAGGACGGAUUCGAAUGGCAGGAUUGACGACAAGGCUCGCGCACUUCUACAGCAACGCGCUGUCGUCCAUCGUAACCCUGCAUCAACACCGAACGCAGCCCCACAGAUAGAAGAGUGGGAGGUGGAACACGCCUUGCGUCAAAUGAAGCCGGGGAAGGCACCAGGACCUGACCGCAUCUCAGUAGACUUUCUGAAGUCGGCGUCCCGCACCGUCAUAAAACAGCUCACCAGGCGCUAUAACAGGUACAUGGACGCGCAAGAGAUCCCGGACCAGUGGAAGACGUCAAGCACGGUUCUUCUGUUCAAGAAGGGCGAGCGCGACCUAAUGAAAACUAGCGCCCAUUGCCCUCUUCUCGCAGACAUAUAA